AUGGCUCCACCUCCUAUGCCGACUUCUCCUUCUCUCAAUAUCCUGCCUUCGAACCAGAGUGCUGUCAAUCACGUCUCUCCGCCACUGGCCUCUCCAAACAUGACCAGCACGACGACCGUGAUGGGGGAUAACACAGGUGUGGGCACUGGUCCAGGUCCUUUGAGACAUCCUCGACCACUUACUGCAGCGGAUUUGCAUUUGCAACUGGAGAAGGAACAAGAAGCUGUUGUCAACAGAUUGACACGAGAAUUGACCAUGCUUCGAGCAGCGCAAAACGCCUCAGUCGUCUCGAACACAUCUUCCACAUCAGCAGGUUUCCCCGACCCAGCAGACCACAACGCAAACCACCUGCUCUCCGGACCCAGCCAUCCCGCCCCCUCACAACGAAGACAUCACCGCUCCUCCUCAUCCACCAGCACGCGCAGCAAUACCGCAAUCGCCUCCCUCACAGGCCUCACAACCGCGCCUUCCACAACCGCAGACCGCACCCGCGGCUCCCUCCCUCGACACGACUCCAAUACCCAACCGGCCUCCAUCUCCCUCUCCCGCCAAAACUCCACAACCGGCUCCCGCCGCAGCGGAGCCUCGUCUCCUGCCCCUCUGUCCUCUGCUCAAUCAUCCUACCAACCUCACCCGGGCGACCAUUUCCCGUCCUACUACACCUCCCGUCCAAUCCCGCACCGGGACCCGAGCUCGAGUUCGCUGGCUAUGAUGAGUGGAGGCAGCGAGAUGGCGAGACAGGAUAGUAUUACCAGUCUGCAGACCACGGGGCGGUACGAGGAGGCGGCGUUCCAUCGACAUGAGUUGGAGGCUGUGAAGAGGGAGAAUGAGGCGUUGAGGAGGAGGGUUAGGGACUUGGAACGGACGUUGAGACAGAGGAGGCAGAGUGAUGCUAGUGUAGGCCGUGGCAGGAGCGAGAGUGUGAGUACGACGGCCAGUGUUCGGGAUAGGGAGCUGGGCGGUGCUGGCAGAGGGAGGGAGAGAGAGGUUGGUGAGGAGGAGGUUGUGCAGGUUGGGGAGAGUGCUAGGAGUGCGGGGCUCUGA